ACCCUACGUGGUCCAAUGGCGCGCGGGCAAGCCGAUAUUGCGGCCAAUGGUGGGCGGUAUUUGGAUAUCCCCAUCCCGCUUCGUCUCCAGCCGCUCGUGCUCUUAAUAACAGUCGCAGAUUCUUCUCUGCUCUCAAACGCCACUUCUUCUCCCGCUUAUCUGCCUCAGAAUCAACGAACCAAGAAGCGGCAGGUAGCAGCAAUGGCGAUGGCAUCGUCGAGUGGGUUGAGGAGCUGCAGUGCCGUGGGCGUGCCGAGCCUGCUGGCGCCGUCGUCCCGGUCAGGCCGGCUGCCGUUCUGUGCUAACGCCACCACCUCCGGCCGCGUCACCAUGUCCGCCGAGUGGAUGCCCGGCCAGCCCCGCCCCGCCCACCUCGACGGCUCCUCGCCCGGGGACUUUGGCUUCGACCCCCUCGGCCUCGCCACCGUGCCGGAGAACUUCGAGCGGUUCAAGGAGUCCGAGGUGUACCACUGCCGCUGGGCCAUGCUUGCCGUGCCCGGAAUCUUGGUGCCGGAGGCGUUGGGUCUCGGAAACUGGGUGAAGGCGCAGGAGUGGGCGGCCGUCCCUGGCGGUCAGGCGACGUACCUGGGCAACCCUGUGCCGUGGGGCACGCUGCCGACCAUCCUGGCGAUCGAGUUCGUGGCCAUAGCCUUCGCCGAGCACCAGCGCACCAUGGAGAAGGACCCCGAGAAGAAGAAGUACCCCGGCGGCGCCUUCGACCCGCUCGGCUUCUCCAAGGACCCCGUCAAGUUCGAGGAGUACAAGCUCAAGGAGAUCAAGAACGGCCGGCUGGCGAUGUUGGCGUUCGUCGGGUUCUGCGUGCAGCAGUCGGCGUACCCGGGCACCGGACCGCUGGAGAACCUGGCCACCCACCUCGCCGACCCGUGGCACAACAACAUCGGCGACAUCAUCAUCCCCAGAACAAUCUACCCUUGAGCUGAGAUCGAUGAUCGCCUGCUAAUCUGAGCUGAGACGAGACGAGACGAGAUGAGCUGCGCUGGGAGUGUGGAUGGUGUUUAUGUGUGUGAUUGGUUGAUUAUUGGGCACUGCGUGCAGGAACUGUACAACAACGGCGACUCUCCGGACCGGAAACCCUUUAUAAUGUAAAGUAGCGGCUACUAUUGUGAAUCGACCGAACUUUUGUAUCAACAUUAAACUGGUUUAGUUAAUUUACUAUUGUAAUGGUGAUAAAAAAAGUUAGCUCUGUGA